CAGAACCCAGAUGCCUGGCAAGGGACAGAUGGACUGAUGGGCACAAACACGUACACACAACUGAGGCGCCCAGGAGAGGGAGACAGACAAAUAUAAAAGGACGCAGAUAACUCAGAUGUCCUGGCAAGGGACAGAUCAGACAGACAGACAUGAAAACACUCAUGGAACCCAGGCAUCCAGGAGCAGGACAGAUGGACACAAAACUGCAUGCAGAACCCAGGGAUCCAGGAGAGGGAGACAAACAGGAAAGGAGACACACAACCCAGCUGUCCUGGCAAGGGGCAGGUAGACAGACAGACAUGAAAACCCAUGCAAAACCCAGGCAUCUGGGAGUGGGACAGAUGGACACUAAAAUGCAAGGAGAACCCAAGCCUCCAGGGAGGGGGAGAUAAAAAAAAGACAGAAUCCAAGUGUUGUGGCAAGGAGUGGCUGUGCAGACAGACACAAAAAUACCCGCAGAACACAGGUGUCUGGGAGCAGGACAGAUGGACUUGAAAACAUGCACACAGACCCAGGUGUUCUGGCAAGUGACUAAUGGACAAACUGACAUAAAGACACAGAACCCAGGUGACCCGGAGCAGGACAGACUGAUGCAAAACCGCACACUGUCUAGCCAGUCCUGCACCAAGAUCCCAGGGAUUCCAAGGCAAGGGUUCUCCCUCAUCCAGGCUCCAACCACCAGGCUGGAUGCCCACGGGAGGGGAAAGUUUGCAGAGGGGCAAGGGGGCACUGUGCCCCCCCAUUCCCCCUGACCCAGCUGUGCCUGCAGGUAUGCCAUGGCUGUCAUGAAUCACCAUGUGUGCCCUGUGGAGAACUGGUCUUACAAUGAAUCAUGCCCCACGGAGCUGGCUCAGCCAGGGACCCCCAAGACCUGCUGCACCCUAGAAGACAUCCCCCUGAUCAGCAAGUGCGGCACGUACCCCCCAGAGAGCUGCCUCUUCAGCCUCAUUGGCAACGUUGGCGCCUUCAUGGGCUGUACCAAUGCUGCUGGCCUUGUCAUGGUGGGCAACUUCCAGGUGGACCAUGCUAAGUCGCUGCACUACAUCGGGGCUGGCAUUGCCUUCCCGGCAGGGCUGCUCUUUGUGUGCCUGCAGUGCGUGCUCACCUACCACAUGGCUGCCUCCACCCUGGACCUGGGGGUCGCCCAUGCCCGUGCCGCCCUCACCGCCCUCGCCUUAGUCACCCUUGUCCUCAGUGGGGCCUUCUUCAUCCAUGAGAGCCCGGUGCUGCAGCACGUGGCGGCGCUGUGCGAGUGGGCUUUUGUCCUGGCUAUCCUCAUCUUCUAUGGCACACUAAGCUACGAGUUCGGGGCCGUGAGCAGUGAGACACUGGUGGCCGCCUUGCAGAGGGCUCACGCUCGUGGCUGCAAAUCCCCUGGCAGCAGCAGUACCUCCACCCACCUCAACUGCAACCCCGAGAGCAUUGCCAUGAUCUGAGAGUGGGGCGGGGCUUGGCCUGGCCUUGCCCCUGAGUGCCCUGGCCAUGCCCCACUGCAGUGGCCCUGCCCCCUACCACUUUAGCUCCACCCCUACCCCACCCCCUUUUUUUGUUCUUUUGUACCAAAAAAAGGGUAAUUUUUAAAGAGACCCAGCAGUAUUAUGGAAUGCCCAGCCCCCUCCCUUGUCAUGCCAGCUUCAUGCCACCAGUGCCAACAUGGUCCUAGGUCAGUUGGGGCUGGGAGGGGUAGAGAUGAGCUUGGCUGGGGGUGAGGGCCAUGCCAGCCAAGCAGUAGGGUGCAGUACCCUCCCUCCCUGAUCUCCCA